AAAAAAUCUAAAUUAAAUACAUCAUUAUUUUAAAAUUUUUGAAAAAGUAUUUGAAAAUCCCUUAUGAAUACAUGUAUAUAAAUCCAUUUUCAUCCUGCUCACGGGCUGCUCAUCAAAACACCCAGACGAGAUGAGAUAAUCCAGAACACUAUCCUUACCCAUUUCCAAUCACUUCCUUUAAACAAAACAACAUAAUAAAUGGCAAACACAUCCUCAGCCACCGUGUUCCUCCUCCUUCUCCUCCUCGCCGGCCACCGGCACUGUACCGGCGCCGGCACCGGCCCGAUAAAAACGGUGGUGGUCCUGGUGAUGGAGAACCGGUCGUUCGACCACAUGCUGGGUUGGAUGAAGAAUUUCAACCCUGAAAUCAACGGCGUCGACGGGUCCGAAUCCAACCCAAUUAACACCUCCGACCCGAAAUCAUCCCGGAUCUUCUUCCGUGACCAGUCCCACUUCGUCGACCCGGACCCGGGCCACUCGUUCCAAGCCAUCCGCGAGCAGAUUUUCGGGUCGAACGACACCUCCGCCCGCGCGCCACCCAUGAACGGGUUCGCCCAACAGGCCUUCUCUAUGGACCCGAAUAUGACCCAGAGCGUAAUGAACGGAUUUCAACCCGAUAAGGUGGCGGUGUACAAAACCCUGGUAUCCGAAUUCGCGGUGUUCGACCGGUGGUUUGCCUCCGUGCCGGCCUCGACUCAGCCCAACCGUCUCUACAUCCACUCUGCCACCUCACACGGCGCCACCUCCAACGUGGCGGCCCUUCUCGCCAAAGGCUACCCACAACGGACAAUCUUCGACGACCUCGAAGACGCCGGAGUUUCCUUCGGAAUAUACUACCAGAAUAUUCCGGCCACACUCUUCUACAAGAAUCUCCGUAAAAUUAAAUAUCUCGGCAAAUUCCACCCGUACGGGCUCUCAUUCAAGAGCGACUCUAAGAACGGAAAACUCCCGAAUUACACAGUGGUGGAGCAGAGGUACAUGGACUCAAAAGUCGAGCCCGCAAACGACGACCACCCGUCUCACGACGUGCACCAAGGGCAAUUGUUUGUUAAGGAAGUGUACGAAACGCUUAGGUCGGGCCCACAGUGGAACGAGACGCUCUUUGUUAUCACGUAUGACGAGCACGGUGGGUUCUACGACCAUGUGCCCACGCCAAAUGUCGGUGUGCCGAGCCCGGAUGGAGUUAUAGGGCCCGACCCGUUUUACUUCAAAUUCGACAGAUUGGGAGUUAGGGUUCCGACUAUUGCCGUCUCGCCGUGGAUUAAAAAGGGAACUGUUGUUCAUGGCCCUAACGGCUCGCCUACUCAAACAUCGGAGUUCGAGCACUCUUCAAUUCCGGCAACCGUAAGGAAGAUUUUUAAUCUGACAUCGCCACCUCUUACAAAGAGAGAGGAAUGGGCAGGAACUUUCGACAGCAUUCUUAAUAUCCUCAAGAAGCCCAGAACUGAUUGUCCUGAGCAACUUCCCAAUCCAGUCGAAAUAAGGCAGGGAGAAGCAAAUGAGGAUGCCCAAGUGAGUGAGUUUCAACAAGAGCUUAUACAGCUUGCAGCUGUUCUCAAAGGAGAAGAUAUACUGACGAGCUACCCAACAAAGAUGGGUAAGAACAUGAGCGUGAGGCAAGGGAAAGAGUACAUGGAGAGUGCCGUCAAGAGUUUUUUCGAAGCCGGUUUUGCUGCUAAAAGGAUGGGAGUGGACGAGCAACAAAUCGUGAAGAUGAGACCCUCCCUCUCUACAAGACCUUGAAAGUGAUACCUUUCCUCUAUUGUACAAGAAUCAUAGAAUAAGUUACAGAACAGUGCUGUUGAGGAGAUACAUAUGCUAUACCUUUCAAGUGCUGGCAAGAUUAGUGACUGUGAUUUUUCAAAGAAAAAGAGUUAAUUAGAAAAGCUGUCUUCAAGUGGAACACAAUCACAAUGUGGACCAAGUUAUGUUUAAUAAUUGCAAGUGCCCCUCUGACUAUUUUCCUUUUUCUUGGCCCCCCACAAAAGUGCUCUCAAUUCCUAUUUUGAGAGCAUAUUUACUCACAAAGCUUUAUAAACCUUACUUUUUAUAUUCACAAUAUUCCACGUCAUCUAAACGUCAUUCUCACUCCCAAUAUCACAAUCCUCCAAUAACCAUAAACCUCACAAACCUUCUUUUCGUGGGUCCCAUGUUUCCCCUACUUUAAUUUAUAUAUCAAUUUAAUCCAUAUUUACUAAA